AUGAUAGUUGGAGAAGCUUCAAUCUUAAUUGAAGAAAUAGCAUAGGCCAUGGAUUAAGAAGCUUUUUUAUCCCAAGAAUAUGAAAUGCCGGGCAAUAAAUCAAGCAGACUGGCCAUAUUUCCUUCACAUUUUUAUUUUGGACUUGAUGAUAAAAGAAAUGCAUUAAAUUAUAUUGCUCAUGCUAUGGAUGGCAUUGAGUUCAAAAUAUAAAUAGGAUUUGAAAUCAAAGAUGAGAGUGCUUCAGUUUUAGUUAUUUGUAAUGCUUUGAGUGAUAAUCUUGACUAAUCGUAAUUUCUUAAUAGUUUAAUAUAGGAAAAUUUAUAAAUUAUCAUGUACAAUAUUUUGUAAGAAAAACAAAAAAUAAAAAGAUAUAAAAUUGGAAGCAAAGGAAGUGAUCAUAAGAAUGCCGUUGACUUAGAAAUAAAAGGAACUUUAAUUUUGUUUAAUGAAUGAAAUUUCAAUAGAAGUAGCCCCAAAAUAUAACAGUCGUGAUGAGGUAGGUUUUACAGGAAUUAUCAAUAAUGCUGCUACAUGUUAUAUGAAUAGUGUAUUUUAAAUACUAUUCAAUCUGGGCAUAUUCCAGAAACAUGUAUAUUCUAUCGAAUCUUAAUAACAUAAUCAAUUUCCAUGCACUGUAAUGAAUUUAUUAAAAUUUAGUUAUAAUCCUUGUUUUAUAAUCUUAAACAUAGUAAGAUUGCAAUCUCUACUUAAGAGAUCAUCAAAUCCUUCAAAUGGGAUGUUGAUCAAUAAGCAAUCCAACAGGAUGUUUAAGAAUUCAUAAUGGAAUUAUUGAAAGCACUUGGAACCAAAGCUCCACAAAUAGAAAAUGAAAUUAAUAACUUAUUCUAAGGUAUUUUAGAAAAUCACAUAACAAAUCAGCUUUUUGAUAAUAUAAAUCAAGAGUAAUUUAUGGAUAUCUAAUUAAAUAUUACUAAGUCUUUAAGAGAAUCACUUGACUUAUUUAUAGAAAAUGAAUCAUUAGAUGCUUAUACACAUGAGGAAUUCGGUAAGUAAGAAGCGGUAAAGUUCCAUAAAUUCAAAAAAUUACCACCUAUUUUGGUCAUUAAUCUGAAAAGAUAUCAAUUUGAUGGAUAAGGAUUUACUAAAAUACAUGAUAGUUUCUAAUAUGACAAUAUAAUUAAUUUUAAAGAUUACUUAAUUGAUAAAGAAGAUAAAUUCUAUGAGCUCUAUGCCGUAUUAGUCCAUAGAGGAGAAGCAAUAAAUCAUGGCCAUUAUUACUGUUACAUAAAACCAUUCUCUCAAUCAUAACAAUGGUUUAAAUUUGAUGAUAAGUUUGUUACUAGAGCCACUCAAAAGGAAGUGUUUUAAAAUAACUUUGGUGGAUAAUACUAAUUGCCAGAGUAUAAUGAGGACUUAUGUUAAGUUAUUGUGGAGAAUAAAAAUAAUCCAGAAACAGCAUAUAUGUUAGUAUAUUUGGAGAGGAACAACACUGAUCUUUUGAGUUAACCAAAUUAAUUUCCUGAUUGGAUCUUAUAAUAAGAGUAGAAGAUCAAUGAUUUGUAAUUUGAAUAAAAGAACUAUAUCUCAACAUAUUUAUUCUCUAUUAAUCAUCUGAAUUUGAAUUAGAGUUAAUAAAUUAAAUCAGGAAUUAUAUUCCAUAGACAAGCAUUGAAUUAAUCAAUAAAUUUUAAUGCCGUUGAAGAGUUCUUUGAUUAAUUUACUACUCCUUUACUUGUACCUAAAACUAUUACGAUUCAACAAAUCAUUGAUUAAUUAUGCGAAAAGAUUAAUAUCAAUAAAAAUAAUGCUCAUCUUCUCAUUUAUAGAAUCACACAACUAAAACCUAAUUUAGAAUCAGUUGUAUUGAUGUCACCAUUAAAAUAAUUAACAUUUUAUUUUGCAAAUAAAUGUUAUCAAACAGGUUUGAUGUUUAUUUCAACUAAUCCUGAAGAUUAAUAGCUAAUAAAUAAUUAUUUAGGUUUAGACAAGAUUAAACUUGAAUAGACCCAAUAAAAUUGUAAAAAUGCUAAAGAACUAAAAGGAAAUGAAAAAUCAAUCAUAUUUGUUAAGACUGUUAACAAUUUGAUAGUUUAAUUUAAAUAAGUCUUACUUAUAAACAAGGACGAGAGUAUAGAAAAUUUUAUCAUGAAUGAAUUCAAUUCAGAACUUAAAGUGAAUAUACAAUACUAAAAUGAUGGAAUUUAAAUUCAAUCUUCUAGCAAAUUUAAAAACACAGAAUAUUAUUAAGUGUAUUUAGAUUAUGAGUUCAAAUUCUAAGCUAAAGUAUUUGAAAUAGAAAACAGCCGAGAAGUUUUAAUUAGAGUAGUCAAUGAAACUCAAAGCACUUCCUAAUUAUUUAAUAAGAACGACUCUUCUUAGCAACUCUUGGAAUAUUUGUCUUAAUUAGAAGAUUGCCAUCCUGAAAACAUCUAGAUUAAAUAUAAAGAUAGAAAAGGUAUUUAUUAAAAUUUGCAACAACAACUAAAAAUUCAUGAGAUCAUACAUUAUGAUAACUGUAUAACUUAUAAAUAGACAGUUAUUCCAGUUGGUGCAAUGAAGGAAUAGAUUAGUUUUUAAGUUGAAAAUUAAAAUUACAUUAUCCAAAAAAGUAUGAGUUUUUCUGAAUUUAUGGAAUAAGAAAAUCUCAAGGCUACACUUCCUUUAUUAACAUCUAAAAAGGAUUAGAAGGCAGCUUGGGUUUUAUUGGACCAUAAUGCUAAGAUUUCUAAGACAAUCUCUAAAUACAAUGUAAGAUUUGUUAAACCAUUAGUUUUUGGAAAUGAUAUUUAUGUGAUAUGCUUUUUAUAAAGCGUAGAAAUAAUAUUAUUGUGCAAUCCUUUGGUGUUCUUUAUAUAAAAAACCUGUACCACAGCUGAACUUACAAAUUAAAUCAUUGAGACUUUAAGUUAAAAUUCCUUAACUUAUAAAACUCAAUAAAUUUAUAUCACCUAAGAAGGUAUCUAUAGUAGUGAAGAAUAUAAGACUUAAAAAAUUGAAUUGUAAUUGAGGAUAAAAAUAAAUAAUUAAGAAGUAUCAAAAGAUGUAGCUGUUCAAAUAGGAACUUUGUUUUCAGAGGAAAAAUAAUUAACGCUUGUGAUGACAUUUUUAACUAUCAGAGAUACUAAGAAUGAUAAGCUCAGACAAAAAGGUGUUUAAAUUCUAUGA